CAAUAAUAACGAAAUUUCUUUCUCCACAAUAAUUUUUUAUUUCUCUUUCUUUUUUUUUUCAACAUUGUCUUAAGUGAAAAAAGAUGUUUGAUGAUAAAUUUAAAGGUGAUUUGAUUAAAAAAAUCAAAAAAAUAAUUACCAAUAAACCUGAUGAUAAUUGGCUUAAUUGGUUAGAAGAAGCAAUAUCAAAAAAAUAUAUUAAAUAUUAUGAAUAUGAAAGUUUUAAAAAUAUUCAAAUAAUUGGUCAAGGACAUUUUGGAAAAGUAUUUCGUGUUAAUUAUAAAGAUUCGGAACAAUAUUUUGCAUUAAAAUCAUUUUCUAAUUUGAACGCUUUAACUGUUAAGGAAAUCGUUCAUGAGCUUAAACUACAACGUGAAGUUGAUUAUCAUAAUAAUAUUAUUCGUUUUCAUGGAAUUACAAAAAAUCAAGGUGAAUCAAAAAAUUAUUUAUUAGUAUUAGAAUAUGCAAGUGAUGGAACGCUUCGUGAUUAUUUGAAAAAAAAAUUUGAUGAUCUUUCCUGGGAUCAAAAACAUGAUCUUGCUCUUCAAAUAGCUUGUGCUGUUUCAUGUUUACAUAAUGAAAAUAUCUUACAUUGUGAUUUGCAUCCUGGUAAUAUAUUAGUUCAUCAAAAUAUCAUUAAACUUGCUGAUUUCGGAUUAUCAAAAAGAAUUGAAGAGGCAACCAACCCUCAAUCAAAUCUACAUGGCGUAGUUCCUUAUGUUGAUCCGAAAAGAUUCGAAAAUCCAUCAUAUGAAUUAAAUGAAAAGAGUGAUGUAUAUAGUGUUGGUGUUUUAUUAUGGGAAUUAUCAAGUGGUAAACCACCUUUUCAUAAUAAAUCAGAUGAAAUAGCUUUGACUAUUAUACAAGGCAAUAGAGAGGAACCAGUUUCAGAUCCGGAUAUUCCUUCCGAUUACGUUAAACUUUAUAAAGAAUGUUGGGAUGGUGAACCAGACAAUCGUCCAAAUAUGGAACAAGUAACAUCACGACUAAGAAAUAUGUUAAACAAAAAUGAUGAUCAAACAGAUGAUGAUUUAUUAUCAUACAUUCAAAGCGAACACAUUUCGUUUAAUAGUUUACCAAUGUCUUCAUAUUUUAAUAACGUACCAUCAGGAGAACUGAACGAAGCUUUGGAGAUUCAAGAGAAUCAAACGAUAGAAAUAGAUCAUAAUAAUGAACAAAAAUUGAUUGAUGAUAUAAUAGAUUUUAUGUGGAGGAAAACAAAUGAAGGAAGAGAAUCGAGAUUAAAAGAUCAUGUUUCUAAAAUUAUUAAUCAAAGAAUUUUAAAUUGGUUAUCAUCAAAUAAUCAAAAUAAUUUAAAUUGUAAUUUUUUACUUGGUUAUUUUCAUUAUAAAGGAAUUAGAAUGGGUGAAGACAGAACAAAAGCAUUCGAAUUAUUUCAUAAUGCUGAAAAUCAAGAUCAUGAUUUAACAUUAUAUUAUCUUGGAAUAUGUUAUCAAUAUGGAUAUGGAACUACUAAAGAUGAAAAUUCAGCUUUUAACUGUUUUUUCAAAUUAUCUGAAAAAGAUAUUGCUGCAGGUCAUUCACGAAUUGGACAUUGUUAUGCAAAAGGAAUAGGCGUUAAAAAUGAUAAGAAAUUGGCUAUCGAUUAUUAUGAAAAAGCUGCUAAUAAUGGAAAUUUAGCCGCAAAAUACAAUCUUGGUAACUGUUAUUUAGUUGGAAAAUUAGUUAAUAAAGAUGUGAAAAAGGGGUUUGAAUUAAUUCAACAAACGGCUGAAAUUGAAUUUUCUUUAAAUGGAAUAACAAUGUUGGGAUUUUGUUACCAUAAUGGAAUUGGAACACAAGAAGAUAAAGAAGCAGCGUUUAAAUUAUACAAAAAAGCUGCAAACUUGGGUGAUAAAGUAGCUCAAUAUAAUCUUGCACAAAUGUAUGAAAAAGAAGACAAUACUAUGAAAGAUAUAAAUAAUGCAAUUCGUUGGUAUAAGGAAUCUGGUUAUAAAGACUCUGUGAAAAGAGCAAAAAAACUUUUAAAAAUUAAAGUAGAAGACUUCUUUGACAUUUGAAUUAGUAUAGAUAAAUUUUACAGUAAGAAUAGACUAUAUGUAAUACAAUUUCUUUUAAAAAAAGUAUUAGUACAUAAUAAAGUCAAAAUUAAUAUUUUCGAACUUGUAGCUGAUAACGAACAUAUGUAUUUUUAAUCAUGUGGCCAAUUUAUAAAAUCAUUUGAAACGUUACACAGUUUAUAACCUCAAAUUCUGUGAACGAAACAUUUCGUGUAUUAAAUGAAUUUGGUGGUGGUAACAAUUUCUUUUACUAUGAUGAUUGAUUCUGUUACAAUGAAUAUUCAGGGAAAAUGAAUCUACCGUCUAGCACUGCAUAUCUGAUAGUAUCCACCCCCACUUUAUAAGACCCCGAGUAUUUUACUAGAUACAAAAAUUUUACCCUCAAUUAGUAACCCCCCUAAUUCUGGUAACUUAGGCUUAAUUCUGGUAAAAAUUAUAUUUUAUACACUUAUAUAAUACCC